GCGGCGGGGGGCGAUGCUGCUCCGGCUGGAGGCGAUGCCGGUCCUGCUGGUCCUGCUGGGAGCCGCGCUGCGCCCGGCCGGUGCCUUCAACCUGGACGUGGAGCGCCCGGCCGUCUACUCGGGCCCGGCGGGCAGCUACUUCGGCUUCGCCGUGGACUUCUUCGCUCCCGACCCGUCUUCGACGUAUCUUCUGGUGGGAGCUCCGAAGGCAAACACCACCCAGCAGAACAUCGUGGAAGGAGGGCAGGUGCUCAAAUGUAACUGGAACUCCAACAGGAACUGCCAGCCCAUCAUAUUUGACGACACAGGUAACAGAGAUUUCGCUCCUGAUGAUCCGCUGGAAUUUAAGUCUCAUCAGUGGUUUGGAGCCUCUGUGAGAUCCCAAAAUGAUAAAAUUCUGGCCUGUGCCCCACUGUACCACUGGAGAACUGAAACAAAACAAGAGAGAGAGCCUGUAGGAACUUGUUACCUGCUUGCUGGGUCGAAAUUCGUGGAAUAUGCUCCCUGCAGGUCAACAACUAUUGAUGCAGAUGGGCAGGGAUUUUGUCAAGGUGGAUUUAGUAUUGACUUUACAAAGGGAGACAGGGUGCUGCUUGGAGGACCUGGAAGUUUUUACUGGCAAGGCCAGCUUAUUUCUGAUCGAGUGACGGAGAUUGUGGCUAAAUACGACUCCAAGGUCUACAGCACCAAGUAUGAUGACCAGCUGGCAACCAGACCUGCCAGUGCUGCUUUUGAUGACAGCUACUUGGGUUACUCGGUGGCUGUUGGAGACUUCAAUGGUGAUGGCAUAGAAGACUUUGUAUCGGGAGUCCCAAGAGCAGCGAGAACCCUGGGAAUGGUGUCCAUUUACAAUGGGAAGAACAUGUCUUCCAUGUACAACUUCACUGGAGAGCAGAUGGCCGCCUAUUUUGGGUAUUCGGUGGCUGCCACAGACAUCGAUGGGGACAAUUUUACAGAUCUGUUUAUUGGAGCCCCCCUUUUUAUGGAUCGAGGCUCAGAUGGGAAGCUUCAGGAGGUCGGCCAAGUGUCCAUUUGCCUCCAGAGAUCCUCUGGAGGGUUCCAGACCUCCAAGCUGAACGGCUUCGAGAUCUUCGCGCGGUUCGGCAGCUCCAUUGCCCCCCUGGGGGACCUGGACCAGGACGGCUUCAACGAUAUUGCAGUGGCUGCACCGUACGGUGGAGAGGACAAGAGAGGACUUGUCUACAUCUACAAUGGGAGAGCAAGUGGUUUGAAUGCAGUGCCAUCCCAGAUUCUGGAAGGGCAGUGGGCCGCUCGCACGAUGCCACCCAGCUUUGGGUACUCGCUGAAAGGAGCCACGGACGUGGACAAAAAUGGAUAUCCAGACUUGAUUGUUGGAGCCUUUGGUGUUGACACGGCUGUUCUGUACAGGGCUAGACCAGUUAUUAGAGUAAAUGCUGCUCUGGAAGUCAAUCCAACCAUUCUAAACCCAGAAAACAAAGCCUGUUCACUGGGAGAUGUAAAAGUUUCUUGCUUCAAAGUAAAGUUCUGCUUAAAAGCGGAUGGCAAAGGAAAGCUCCCCAACUCACUCAAUUUCCAAGUGGAGCUGCUGUUGGAUAAACUUAAACAGAAAGGAGCUAUAAGGAGAGCUCUCUUUCUCCACAGCAAACAACCCAGCCACUCCAAAAACAUGACUAUUACAAAGGGGGGCAAAAUGAACUGCGAAGAACUCGAUGCCUUCUUGAGGGAUGAAUCUGAAUUUAGAGACAAGCUAACUCCCAUCACUAUCUUCAUGGAAUAUCGUCUGGAUUACAGAACAGCUGCAGAUGCAACAGGAUUGCACCCUAUCCUCAACCAGUUCACCCCUGCUAAUAUGAGCAGACAGGCACACAUUCUGCUGGACUGUGGGGAUGAUAAUAUCUGCAAACCAAAGCUGGAGGUGUCAGUAGAAAGUGACCAGAAGCAGAUCUACAUUGGUGAUGACAACCCCUUGACCCUCAUUGUCAGUGCUCAGAACCAAGGGGAAGGAGCCUACGAAGCAGAGCUCUUUGUCGUCGUCCCGCCCCAAGCGGAUUUCAUCGGAGUUGUUCGUAACAACGAGGCUUUAGCCAGACUGUCCUGUGCAUUUAAAACAGAGAACGAGACUCGCCUGGUGGUUUGUGACCUGGGAAAUCCCAUGAAAGCAGGAACUAAGCUGCUGGCUGGCCUGCGUUUCAGUGUGCACCAGCAGUCCGAGAUGGACACCUCUGUCAAGUUCGACUUGCAAAUCCGAAGUUCCAACCUGUAUGACAAUCUAAGCCCAGUAGCAUUCUAUCAGGCUGACCUUGCCAUUUUAGCAGCUGUUGAAAUCAGAGGUGUGUCAUCUCCUGAUCACAUAUUCCUUCCCAUUGCAAACUGGCAGCCGAAGGAGAACCCAGAAACAGAAGAGGAUAUUGGGCCUCUAGUUCAGCAUAUUUAUGAGCUGAGAAACAACGGUCCAAGUGCAUUCAGCAAGGUGAUGAUGACCCUGCAGUGGCCCUACAAGUACAAAAACAACACACUGCUCUACAUUGUCCAGUAUGAGAUCGAUGGUCCCAUGAACUGCACUUCUGACAUGGAAAUCAAUCCCUUGAAAAUUAAGAUUUCUGCUUCUAAGGAUGAUGAUAAGAAUGACACAGUUGCCAGGGAAGAUAACCGUGACCAUCGCAUCAGCCGGAGGGAUUUGGCUGCUGCUGAGGGGGACGUGCAGACCUUGGGCUGUGGAACUGCUGACUGUUUGAAGAUUGUGUGUCAAGUUGGCCACCUGGAAAGGGGAAAGAGUGCAAUAUUGUAUUUAAAAUCACGCCUUUGGACCCAAACUUUCAUGAAUAAGGAGAAUCAGAAUCACUCCUACUCCCUCAAAUCAUCUGCUUCUUUUAGUGUUAUCGAGUUCCCUUAUAAGAACCUCUCCUUUGAAGAUAUCCACAACUCCACAGUUGUUACUACAAAUAUUACCUGGGGCAUUCAACCACAGCCUAUGCCGGUGCCCGUGUGGGUUAUAAUUUUGGCUGUCCUGGCAGGGUUACUGCUCUUGGCUGUUCUAGUGUUUGUUAUGUACAGGAUGGGCUUUUUCAAACGUGUGAGGCCACCUCAGGAAGAACAAGAAAGAGAACAACUGCAACCACACGAGAAUGGGGAAGGAACAUCAGAAGCUUAAGCAGAGUUUUAUCUGUGAGACAUUCUGAAAUUUCAAAUUGCCUGCAUCUUGGUUACAAAUAUUGGCUUCCCCAUCAACAACAACAAAAAAAACACAACUGCAGAGCUGCUGGUCUCGGCAUCAGCACCUGCAAAAUAAGAGCAAUAUAUUUAAAUCCUCCUUUUUGUAUUAAUUUCUGUUCAUGCCUGCAACUAAUGCAGCUGCACUGAGUGGUGGGUGAGAAAAACUCACCUGCUAUGUAGUGCUUUGACUUUGCUUGCUGGGACACAGGAGACAUCAUCUUUUUUGGUUCACAUACCAACUUUCCAUGAAUUUCUACAUGGAUACUGCAUUUGCUCUUGAAGCCAACAGUUUCUGUAGGUACUUGUUGCAUUACAUGUUUAGUUUUGGUUGAUUUUUGUUGGAGUACACUACAUUUCAUUUUCUAGCUCUUCAAAGUUAGUUGCACAAAAAAAAAUGAAUGUAGCUUGUUUUACAGAACUGAAGAAUGUUCUUUGACCCGUUAACUCUGAUGAGUUUUUUCUCCUGCUCAAAAAAAUAUGAAAUAUUCAGUGGAAUCAUUCACAUCUGAUAGCUGUUCUUGUUACCCUGCUCAGUGAUCUGUCUUGUGGUUUCCCUCUAGAUUUUACAAAUACUGUUCUCCCUGGGUUUCUGACUGUGGGGAUUGAGCCUACAAACACAAAAUGAGCAAUAGGAAGCUGGGGCUGAUGUCCUUUCUAUGGGACCUAGGGAAAAGAUUCAGGGCAAGAUCCAAAGACUCUGCUAUGUGUUUCCACAGAGCAGGAUCCAGGUGUUGCACAGAAUUCUUGGCAGCACAGACUCAUUCACAUACUGCCAGGGACAAGAUGUUGGAUUGUGGCUGCCCACAGACAUGCCUGAGGAAAUCCAUAGCCUGAAUGUCCACAAGACAAACCUCCACAGGGUUUGAAAUGAAGUCUGUAUCUUACUUGGACUGAGUUUCUGUUUCUGGCAGUGGAGGGAAUACCCUGUGACAGGUUACCUGAUGCAGGAGCUGUUGUUCAUUCUCACAUUUUGUGGUUGCCCGUGCCUGAGUGCAGGAUGGAAUAACACAGGGAAUGUUUGAACCAGGCUACCUGCCAGCUAUGUGGAUCCUGGCCACACUCACACCUGCCUUGCCUCCUGCCCUGAGAGAACAGUGAGCUUGUCAAAUGAGGCAAAGCAGAGCUGGCAACAUGAGAGGAUUUGAAAAGAGAAGGUUGAUGUGGCUUAUUUGAUUUCACUCAUUCGUUGUUUCAUUGGCUUGUUUCCUUUCACUCAUUUAUUGGAUGUUCCACUACACAAAAGACAUUUCAUUGCACAAGACAUUUCAUUAUGUUCAGUACAUUUCAUUACCAGAAAAGACACUAAAUAUUUUGUUUCAUUGUUGUUUCUUUAACCUUACCGAAGGUCAGUGGUUUAAAAAGCCACAGCCUUACAUCAUUCUUAGCCUAUUUCCCUCACCACUGGUGUAGUAAAGUGAAGCUUCUUACACUUCUGAGAGAACACGAGAAUAUUGUCUGUGCUCUUCAGUAAACAAGUAACUACAAAUUAGGAGGUGGUUCAGCUUGUAACCACAGGUAACUGUUGCACAGAUCUUAGAGUGGACAUAAACUGUUACAAAGGUGCCAUCUAUGAGAAGUUUAUAAUGUAAUUUAUUCCCUUCUGGGAAUAAAUUACCUUAUAAACUCCCUGUGUGCAGCCCACAUACACAAAGGAAGUCUUCUACUGUAUUUACACCACUGAGAUUUCUAUGUAGACAAGCUCUUAAAAGGACAAAAGAUCUAGUUGGUUUGGUUUUGUACCUUGGGGUUUUUGUUCAAAGCUGCUUCUCCCCCAUAAAUACUGCAAAUCCUGCUAAACCCAGAAUUCUCUGAAAUGAACAGUUUGAUUCAAGUCUUAUUUCUGCAUCCUUUCAGAGGUUUAAAAUCCACAAAUGGAUUUUGGUGUUAAGUCCAUUCUUACUCGCUGAACCACGAUGGCAUCUGAGCCCUUAAGGAAGACAGCACAAAGUCUGUGGGGGCCAGUAGGUACACCAGAUAUAGGCUUGCAUAUUUAUCCAUUUACAUGGGUUUGUUUUAGACAGUUUGUUUAGAUAUGAUUACUUUAUAUGAAAGGCCGUAGGGCGUAAUUUUGUUUUAACUGAAUUUUCGAGGUCUUCAGUGUGGCCAAAAAUGUUUUAUUUUUUGCCUUUACUUUUAGUGUUGUUACUAAUUCUGUAGUAAAGCAUCAGGAGUGAGGCUUUAAUCCUGGCCUCAAAAUGUGUCUUUGAUAGAACAGCAUUUCACUUCCUUGUAGUUCACACACUUUGUCAACUGAUUAUCUGUGUGCAGGGAGAUUGGGUUUACCCAGUCUUAAUCUUAGUAGGUUAAGAGGUUUAAGAGACUGGCAGACAGAUUAUAGCUCUAAUUCUUACAUGUGUGCUUUCAUUACAUGUACACACCACGUUGACUUGAAAUUUAUGAGACUACUUGCAUGUCCAGGCGUUAUAAGGAGAUUAAAAAACUGAUUUUAGAGAAGCACCAUCAAGAUCUCUCCAGCUCACAUGGAAGGGGUACUGCAGCACUGUUAAUUCCAGUGCUAACUGCAUCCUCAUUUUACUGUGCAAACUGGAAACUCAUUUUGCUGACUUUCAGGAUAAAAAGGUACAUUUUAUUGGUACAACUACUGUAGCUUACAGAAAGUUUCUUCCAUUUUUGAAGUUACAUAAAGUAGUACUUAUUUAAGUGAUUUUUUUUUAUUUCCUGCAUCCUGCUGGAGAGUAAAAGCAAAUAGUUGCUUCUCUUACGUCCACUGAUUUCCAGUUUGGUUAAAAACCCCACAGGAGCACAGGGGGGUACAGGUUACUUGGUGAACACAGAUGUAAAACCUCAAACUCAGGUUAAAGUAACAUUUGUGUUUCAGGGAGGUUCCGAACUGGAAGUUUUCCCGAGUGGGGAUGCAGGAAACAUUUGGCAGCAAUAAGAUUCCAGACUUUGUAUGUCCUCGUGUCAGUAUAAAUUUCAUACUGACUUCCAGGUGUCGGUGUAUUCUUAUAGCAAAUAUUGUAGAACGAUGGGAAAUUUUUUAAAGAAACUUUUAGAAAAUGUGGUUUGGAAUGAAAUUAAUGUCUUUGAGUGAAAACUGAUGUGCAUAAGAUGCAUGCUGGAAGCAUUUUAAAAAAAUACAAGUACAGAAACAGAGAAUUAGCCUUCUUCUUUUGAGAGUUCUGUUUCAGAAGCAUAUUUUUUAUGAAUAUAGAAUCAACAGCUAUGUAAUUAUUUAGACAAUAAAAACAUUUUAAAAGAGCUAUAUCUUUUAUAAUGGAAUAUGAAUUUAUAUAAGUACUCCAGUUUGCAAUUAUUGCAGCAUCUCAUGAUCAGUGAAGUGAUUUGUAUUACAAAAUGCAUAUUAUCUAUUACUAUAUCUGACAAUAUUUUGAAAAUGUAAAGCAAGGAACCUAAUUUAUAGGUUUACAACUCUUUCGAGAAACGAUGAAAUUGUGGAGAAAGCUUUUUUUUUUUUUGAAGCGUGACUGUAAAGACAAGUAUGGGCUAUGUUUAUCAAUAUAAUUUGAAAUCUUUGAGGAAAUUUUUUGUAUCAAGUUCAUAAUUUUAUUUUUCCCGUUUUUGUGUUUUAAAUUUUGAUUUACGUGUUGAACUUUGAUUCGCGUAGUGUUUGUGGAAACUUUAAGAAAGUUUAUUACACGUGCUCUUUCUUUAUAAAGCAUUUAUUCCAAGGAAAUAUUUUAAAUAUUUAAUUGUUUCUAAACUUGUGUUAACACUUAAAUAAUCUUUAAGGUACCCUGUCACGGGUAUAUUGAGAAUAUUUCGGCCAUAAUCAGCAUUGUCUUGGUUUUGAAGGAUUCCUGUUGCACUUACAUUUUUGCAACAUUUGGCUUUGUUGGAGUUACCCUGAUGGUAUUUUUUCCCUACACCCUCACAGUCACAGAGCAGUGAAAAUUGGGUCAGGUUUUGUCUUUGGUCCGGACCAACGUGAUCCUUUGUGUUCAACGCUGCCGGCUGUUAAUGAGGGGGGGAAAAAGGGAUUUUAUAAGAGCAAAACGGAAAUCCAAACAACGCAAAGGGAGUGGCAGACACCCCACAUGAGCCUCACAGCAAAAAGGCUGUGGUUUGUCUGUCUGGGAGGUGGGAAGAACCCGUUGGUUCUCCGUUGGCAGUGGCCUCCUGGCAGGACCAAAUGCCAGUUUGGGUCACGAUGAUGUGCUGUGCUUGGGCAGCUCUCGUGGAUUUGGUUGGAUUGGAACUCUUUGGUACUGAAUCUCUCCGUUCUAAUUCCCACACGAGCAGCUCUAGUUGGCUGCCAAGUCGUUCAUUUUCGUUUGCCUGCGAAGGGAUGUGGCAUUUGUUGGCCUACACUGUCUGGAAGGACAAACAAACCCGGUGUGUCCAGCUGAGGUGAGGAAUGAACAGAACAGGAUGUUUUUGAUCGCCCACAUUGGGUGAACCACGAUGUAUAUUCUCAAGUGUAUCCAUUACUAAUUGAGUUAUUGAGGACUGGUACAAUUAAGUCCAUUGUGGAAAGUUCGAGUAGAGGCUGUACAACAGUGGUUUUGAAUCUGUAAUGUUACUACUGUUACAUAUGUGAUUAUGGUAUUUAGGAUUUUGGUGUAUUUUUUUUCCCAGCGUGUAGAAUUUUAAUGUAACACAGGAAAUCUAACCUUUCAUGUAAUGACCUUCUCCAGAUAUGCUGCAUUAAAGUUGAGUAACUCGACCCCUGGCUUUUGCAAAGUGAUUGAAGAUUUAACGUAGCAUUUGAAUCUUCAGAAAAAACUUGGACAGGUUUUACUUUUCUAGUCCACGAAGGAAACCUGUAUUUGCUAUUAUACAAAUAUGCUGAAAAUGUAACAUGUUAUUUCUUUGUAAUGGAUUUUUUUUGCCUUUUUUGUUGUUUUUUUUGUUUGUUUGUUUUUGCUCGUGCAUUAAAUCAGAAGAGCAUUGUUUGCACAAGCAGGAACUUAACACACUAACAAAAGUGCUGCAUUUUGUGUUUCUUAGUCAUGUAGUGAAUAUUUGUAAAAUAAAUGGGAAUAUUUUCAGUUACUCUGAACUUGUUUCCAAGGUCUUCGGUACAUUUAAGGAGAGGAAUAUACAUUUGAAGUCACCUUAUUUUGUAUUAAGUUAUAAAUUUUCGAAAAAAAAACCAAAACAAGUGGGUAUUGUGGCACAUUAAUUUUGUACUGGUAUGAAAUAUAUAGCUAUUAAGCUAUGGUUUUCCUUUCAGCCCAUUUGUUCCAUCCUAAUGCAAAUCUGAUUGUUUUUAUUAGGUUGUAUUUUUUCUACAUAUGUAUACAAUUUCCAAAUAUUAUGAUUGGGUAAAUUGCGAAAUGUAAGCAUUGACUUGAUUCUGAUAUUUAGAAUUUUGGAAUAAAAUACCUCUUAAUCAACAGGA